AGAAUAAGUAUAUCUAGCUUUCAUAUAUAUCUUUCCUUUAUUUUUAUUUUCUUCGUAACCGAGAACGUCAGCACGAAAGCAGCAGACUACGCAAGUCCUUCAGACAUGCAUUUGCCCCUCAGGUGUUAACACGUUGCCCUGAGCUUUGGCCACGUGUCAGACGUGCGGUCCAAGGGGACAGCCACUUCCAAUGGGAACGGAAGUGGGUGGCAGUGAAUGGUAGGAACAACGGCCUGGCCAGCCACCGAUAAGGUGAUCUACAGUGCACCUGCUGUCUUGUCUUCCCCGGCUACCGUUUACGAAGAAAACCUCGCUUUGCUACGUGACUCGGGUGGAUAGUUUCCAUUUCAAAUGGCGGCGCCUACCACCCACGUUCUGCUCGCACUGGCGUUUCUGACUCGCACAGUGGUACCCAAUAACACACCGAGGUCCUUCGUGAUCGACUACACGAACAACCAUUACCUCAAGGAUGGCAAGCCGAUACAAAUCGUGGCGGGCGCUAUCCACUACUUCCGUACUCUGCACCAGCAGUGGAACGACAGAUUGGCAACUAUGAAAACUGCGGGCCUCAACGCGAUACAAACGUACGUUGAGUGGAGCAGUCACGAACCCGAGGAAGGCCACUUCGAUUUCGAGGGGCAGCAGGACCUCGUGCGUUUCUUGAAGUUGGCCCAGGACCACGGCUUCCUGGUUCUGCUCAGGAUCGGUCCAUACAUUUGCGCCGAAAGAGACAUGGGCGGACUGCCAUACUGGUUACUGUCAAGAAAUGCUUCCAUCGGUCUUCGUACAAGCGACAAACAGUACCUAGGGCCCGUCGAGAAGUACUUCUCUAAGCUGCUUCCAAUGCUACACCCACUUCUCUACACCAACGGAGGGCCCAUCGUUGCGGUGCAGGUUGAGAACGAGUACGGCAGCUACGGUGCGUGCGACUUUUCCUACACGACGUGGUUGCGGACCCUGGUGCGGCGUCACCUGGGCUAUGACGUCGUCCUCUACACUGCUGACGGCCCCGCUGAUGAUUUUCUCAUGUGCGGCAAAAUUGACGGAGCCCACGCAACCGUCAAUUUCGGCGUAGAGGCAGAGGUGGAAGAUGCGUUCAAGGCCCAACGUCGACACCAAGAGCGGGGACCGCUGGUGGAUUCCGAGUUCUACACCGGCUGGCUGGACCACUGGGCGGAGUGGCACAGUAUGACCAACACCAGCGAUGUGGUGCGUCAAUUGGAUAAGACGCUCAGCAUGAACGCUUCUGUUGUCAUGUACAUGUUUCACGGCGGAACAUCUUUCGGCUACAAGUCUGGCGCUAACACAGACAAUGGCAGGUUCCAACCGUGUCCGACAAGUUACGACUACGACGCACCCAUGACAGAAGCCGGCGACCCGACGGAAAAGUUCGUAGCCAUCCGAAACAUCAUCUCUAAGAUAUACAGGUCUUUCGUGAUCGACUACGAGAACAACAGGUUUCUCAAGGAUGGCGAGCCUAUACAGAUCGUUGCGGGCGGCAUCCACUACUUCCGUACCCUACCCCAGCAGUGGGAGGAUCGGCUGAUAACCAUGAAAGCGGCGGGGCUCAACGCUAUACAAACGUAUGUCGAGUGGAGUAGCCAUGAACCCGAGGAAGGCCGCUAUGACUUCGAGGGUCCUCAAGACCUCGUGCGCUUCCUAAACCUCGCCCAGAGUCACGAAUUUCUCGUUCUGCUCAGGAUUGGCCCAUACAUCUGCGCUGAAAGGGAUCUGGGUGGACUGCCUUACUGGUUGCUGUCAAGAAAUGCCUCCAUUCGUCUUCGUACUAUGGAUCCAGAAUACACCAAUCCCGUUCAAAGGUACUUCUCAAAGCUACUUCCGCUGAUACAACCACUUCUAUACGCCAACGGAGGGCCCAUUAUAGCUGUACAGAUUGAGAACGAGUACGGCAGCUACAAGGCAUGUGACUUCGAGUACAUGGCCUGGUUGCGAGACCUAGUGCGCCAUUACCUGCGCUACGACGUCAUCCUUUACACCACAGACGGUUCCGGAGAUAGUUUCCUCAAGUGCGGCAAAGUCGACGGUGCCUACACAACUGUUGAUUUCGGUCCAACCUCAGACCCCGAGAAGAUGUUCGCUAUCCAGCGCCGACAUCAAGAACAGGGACCGCUGAUGAACUCGGAGUAUUACACGGGCUGGUUGGACCACUGGGCGAAGCGACACAGCGUGGUCAGCACGGCAGCGGUAGCGAGUGUUCUUGACAGGAUUCUGAGCAUGAAUGCCUCCGUUGCGCUGUACAUGUUUCAUGGUGGGACGUCAUUCGGCUUCAAGUCAGGUGCUAACGUUGAUAGAUACGGAUUCCAUCCCACAACUACGAGUUACGACUACGAUGCUCCCAUGACGGAAGCCGGCGACCCAACGGACAAGUUUCGUGCAAUACGAGAUGUCAUUGCCAAGUACCUUCCGGUACCGCAUGUUCCUAUCCCGGAGCCCUCAAAGAAGAUGGCACUGGGGAAGCUCCCGCUAAAAAAGCUGUACGACUUGAAGGAUGUUAGGGAACUUUUUGUGCACGCCAGGAUACCACACAUACGACCAUUGUCAUUUGAGCGAAUUAGGCAGAGCCAAGCCCUGGUGCUGUACGAAACAUGGGUGACCUUCCUUCCCAGGAAUCCAGCAAUGCUUACUGCACCUGGACUCCGUGAUCGAGGAUACGUCUACGUGGAUGACGUUUACCAAGGCAUCAUUUCACGCAUGGACAACGUGUACAGCAUCGUGAUCCCGGUUACGAAAGGCCAACGGCUUACAAUACUGGUGGAAAGCCAGGGGAGGGUCGGUUUCAUAGACCUCAACGACUCCAAGGGGCUUGGCUCGAAGGUGACUCUGUCUGGAAUAACGCUGACCCACUGGAACAUGACACCCAUUGACACAAGGGAUCACCUGACCGCGCAGCGUCACCUUGACCCCGGUGUGCUUUCUCGGACGGCGACGGACCAGUCUGCCAACAGCUGCGGAGUGUCUUCGCCGGGUCUGGCGGUCUACCAAGCGACAUUCGGGCUGAAUGUGUCCACGCCUCUAGACACAUUCAUCAGGCUCGAUCAUUGGAAAAAGGGCAUCGUCGUCAUCAACGGCUUCAACUUGGGUCGGUACUGGACGCCCAUGGGUCCCCAAAAGACGCUCUACGUGCCCUCAGCAGUGUUCAGGCAACAAAACGUGCUACACGUGGUGGAACUGGAACAAGCACCGUGCGGGCACGGAUCUGCACACUGCUACGUGCAGUUCGUCGACACGCCCGACAUCAAUGGCACCGUGCCACUCUCGAGAAACUAAUAAACUGUGCGCCGCGUUAAUGAUAUGUAUUUACUAAGGGCGUUGGAAUUAUGGCUGCCGAAUCAAAUACGAAUAUUCGAAUAUCGAAUCGAAUACCGAAUACCAUUUGAGUAAAACAAGGAAGAUUAAUGUUUUUACUUCAUUUGACACACGUAUAAUCCCAUGAAACGCAGAAGCAGCUAAUUGACGUCUAAGAGAAGAUUAGCUUGGAGAUUAGCUCACAUUCCUCUGCAUGUGACACAUGGUCACGCCAGCACUUCGGUGCCGUUCUUGCAGCGAAUAUUCACUAUCGUCGCUCCCCCCACGGGUCUCAGGUUGGACACGCAAACCACUCCGGUAUGGGCAGAAGUUCUGCCUUCUGCGACCCUGUAUGCCUCAGUACGAAUAAAGUUUUAUUAUUAUUAUUAUUAUUA